AUGGAAAUAAAAACACUUUCUCCAUUCAUCACCAAUGUUACCUAUUGGAUCGAUAAUGGCACCGUUAAUGCUGAAAUGCAAAUCACACAUACUUUAAAUUAUGGCCUACGCAAUUAUAUUGAUCUACAAAUACGAUUGGCCGAUUCUAAAAAAUAUCAAUCACUUUUUUCUUAUGACAUAGAUUUGUGUAAAUUGUUAAAUGAAUUCUUUCGAGAGAGUUUAUUGAAAACUUGGUACCGUAAUUUACUAAAAUAUAGUAACUUAAUGGAAAAUUGUCCAAUAAUGGAAGGAUUUUAUUAUAUACGUAAAUAUAAAAUGGCUCCCGGAACAUUACCACCCUACUUAAGACCUGGAGAUUAUCGUUUAAGUGCUUUAAGUUUUUUUGGUAGAAGAAACACGAAAAAGUUUCGACCUUUCUCUGAUUUUAUCACUUAUUUGACAAUAUUUUGA